AUGGACAAAAAAACUGAAAAUUAUACGGUCGCUCGAAAAUGUUGUCAUUGGCCACUCACUGUAUUCUAUUCAAUAUUAAAUAUUACUGGACUCAAUUCACAAGUGAUUUUUCAAGAAAAUACACAAAUUAAAAUGUCACGUUUGAAUUUUUUGAAAAAUUUGUCUAGAAAAUUGUUGGAGGACCAAUUAAGAUAUCGCAUGACCAAAGAUAUGCUGCCGAAGACAAUUAAAUAUAAAAUAAAACAAUAUUGUAAUACAUUAUAUGAUGAAACUUCGGGCAUUAACCAACGAGUUAGAGCUUCAGAAAGGUGUGCUUUUUGUGAAAGAUCCAAAGAUCGCGAAACCACAAAAGUUUGUACGCAAGAUUAA